UCCGAGUCUUACAAAUUCCAAAGACGAGAUAGAUGAGAAUUUGAUUCGACGCUGCAGCUCAAUUUCAUAGUGAGCAUCGGAAGACGGUGAAGCUCAUCAACAUGGGUUUACUGGGUCUUCUUGGUUUUGCGCUCCAAUGCUUUGAUGUUCUUGCAUGGCCUCUCUUCGCUAUGCUCUAUCCUCUGUAUUCUUCCAUAAAAGCAAUCGAGACAAACUCCAUUACAGACACUCACAAGUUGAAUACGUAUUGGGUCGUCUUCUCAUUGAUCUUGCUCUUCGAACAUGCUUUUAUGAAGUUCCUAGAAUGGUUCCUUCUCUGGCAAUACAUUAGGCUACUAAUUGUCUUUAUUUUGGUGAUGCCGCGUUUUGAUGGUGCCUUAUAUGUCUAUAGACACCUUAUCUAUCCAUGCUUCUCCAUGGGACCCCAAAUUGUUUUAAACUUGUUCAAUAAGCGGAAGGAGUCGCUUCUGAAAGAUAACUUUCCCUCUGAGAAUGGACCUGAAGGUUUGGUGAAGUUUAUCGCUGGCAAGUCCAAAUUUAUGAAGCCAAAUGGUGAACAGAAAGAUAUUAAAGCUGUGCAGGUAAUGCUGAAAAAUAAGGAAGCAACUGCUAGCCAAGUUAGUCUGGCAGAGCCUAAUGUCACUGUGAAUGAAGAUAACUUUUCUUCUAGGAGGAUGAAUGAAAAAGUCAUUGAGGUUGCAGUUGACAGAAAAGAUAAUCCACCUCCAAAGAAGGUCCAGAAGGAGCCGACUACAGUCAGUCCUCUACCAACUCAAACUGAUGCAAUUUCUAAUUCCCCUCUAGGUGAUAAUAAACACAAGGCUACAUACGAGGCACUGGAGAUAAAGAAUGAGGCAGUGCAGAAGCUCACCUGGCCUGAAAAUCGUAUUGAAAAGCCAGAUGAGGUUGGAACAGGUAUAGAAGAUCCAGAGUCUCCUAAAGAAGUCCAGAAAGAGUGGACUUGUGCUCUCUGUCAGGUAACUACUAUAAGUGAAAGAACUUUGAAUUUCCACCUGUCAGGGAGAAAACACAAGGUGGCAUACGAGGCACUGAAAGCAAAAAACCAGGCAAAAGUGCCCAAGAUUGCCCCAGCUUCAACUGCCAAAACAUCCCAUCAACCGAACCAAGAGCCAGGAAAGAGUAUCCGCAGCAGUGAAUCAAAAGCAAAAGGUACUGUAAAUCAAAAUGUGCAAGGCCAGAAAAAUACUAGUCCGUCUGCGACCCCAAAGAAGUGCUGUAAACUGACAGAGGAGGUAGCAGAGACUGUUUCCAGCAACGUCCAGAAAGGGAAAACUGCUAUACCCAUAGGGAAGGUACACAGUCAACAACCGAAGCCAAAUGAAGUUCCCAGGGUGAAGAGAUCCGGAUUCUGGUGCGAAAUUUGUAGCAUACGCUGUCCUGGUGAGAUUGACAUGCGCUGUCAUCUCAGUGGAAAAAAGCACAAGGAAAAUAUGCAAGAACGACAGGAGAACCUAAUCAAGAUUGCAAGGAUGAAUAUGCCUAGUGGCCCUUCGUGAUACCGCAAUUUGGCGAGUUUAACAUUCUCUGGGGAGUUUUGGACGUUUUGGAGUCUAUCUUAGUUGAAGGAAUUGCUGUCAUAGUUUAUCACCAGAAAUGCAGGUCGUGGGAGAACUGCUUGGAAAAAAGAACUGUAGUUUGUAAUUCUGACCGUCUUUUAUCUGCUAAGCAACUGAUGACAUUUGAUGAGCAGUUUAAUUAUGUUCUAUGAUCAACAUGAGUUGCAUCCCGUUUAAAGGCUA